GAAUCAACACUUAAACGACGCCGUUCCGGGCUUCAUGUUCAUCUUCUCUCCCGUGGCCGCGACAGCCUCUCUGUUCACCUAAUAGCCCGCAGUUGCAGAGCAAAGGCGAAGAGCUGGGCUCACUCCGUCGACUUGCCGGCCGACCGACCGACCGACCGACCGACCAACCCAGAGAGAGAUGUCGUUCACACUGAGGAGCGUGAAGGUGCCGCCCAACUCGGCUACCCUGGAGGAGGCGAGGAGCCGGGUGUUCGACUUCUUCAGGGCCGCCUGCAGAUCCAUCCCCACGAUCAUGGAUAUCUACAACCUCGACGACGUCGUCUCCAAGUCCCAGCUCCGCUCCGUCAUCUCCUCCGAGAUCCGCAAGAACGCCCACGUCACUAAUCCCAAGGUGAUUGACAUGCUGCUUUUCAAGGGGAUGGAAGAGCUUAACGAUAUCGCGGAACACGCCAAGCAGAGGCACCACAUCAUCGGGCAGUACGUGUUGGGUCGUCAGGGGCUUGUCCAGGAUUUAGGCACCAAGGACAAGGGCAUGUCUGAUUUCCUGAAAAACUUCUACAAGAGCAACUAUUUUUGAGGUGGUGUUGUUUGGCAGACAUUUUUAAGGAUAUCCUCAUUCCGGGCGCACAAAUUGAAAUAAACUUUGUACUUCGAAUUUUAGUAUCUUGCGGGUGGACAAGAUUCGCGUUUUCUUCGGCUGUUGUUAAUGGAAACACAUUUCCACCAUGACUGUUCUUUGUUUCGAGGGUUUUGUCCCAUAUCAUGUGAGAUUAUGGAUCAACUUCAGCUGCUGCAGCUGUAUUAGUAAUUUUGGGAACCUA